GAAAUCAUGAACAACGUCGGAGGUCCUGUCGAGGACAAGAUGGAGUUUCUGCGAGGCUAUCGGUUUAACGUGUGCUUCGAGAAUGCUUCUCAUCCAGGCUAUUGCACUGAGAAACUCCUGCAUGCUUUCGCGGCAGAGUGCAUCCCCAUCUACUGGGGCGAUCCGGCCUGCUCCAGCAAAGGCCCAGGCGUCAGCGACUUCAACCCCAAAGCACUGAUAAGUGCGCACGACUUCGAGAACAUCGCGGAACUCAUGCAGUACAUCGAAAGGGUGGACAAAGAUCCAGCACUGUUUGAGUCGUAUCUGAAACAGCCGAUACUUGCAGACCACUGGUAUGACCGCCUGAAGGACUGGCCGUCAUUCUGCUCCGGCUUCAAAGAUCUGCUGUUUGCGGACUGCCAGCUGGGAACGCCGUGUGCAGCUCCUGGGACCGUGACUGGGCCACUGAGCGGUUAUGCUGUAGUCUCAGGCUGCACGCAAGACGAAGGAACGUAUUGA